UGAAUUGUCUUGCAAUCACAUUCGGCUGCAACCCAGCAGAACCUGAGGCGGCUCUCGCGUGCACAAGAUGGAUGAGUUUGGGUCUCACCCUUGCCUGCAAAUGCCGGGAAGGAAGGCAGCGUGCUCAUUUUCAUAUCUCAAGGGGAAAUCCGUUGUAUGUUUGUGCUGCAAACUGCACACGGGCGUGCUGGUCUGACACCCUUUUGGGUCAUCAGCACUUCGCUGUCUGAAUUCGGCGUCUGGAGCAAAAGGUUCAUUGGCCGUCUGCUGCCAUCGUGUGGCUGUUAGGCAGCCGACACGGGUUCAACUUGUUUGUUGAUUCCCAUGAACGCAGCUGACGCCGACGGUCGCAGAAGGGGAACUUCGGUCCUCAUUGGCCGGUAACCUGGUCCCAAAAGGAUCGGCUCAGCAACUGUGUUUCAGGGUGAGGCAAAUAUGAUGAAGGACGGGAAGCUGUUUCGUGUGGUCCAAGAGAACUGCUGGGACGCAGACGCACGGAUACGAGACAUGGAUCGACAUGGUGUGACGGUUCAAGCCCUUUCCACUGUUCCCGUCAUGUUCAGCUACUGGGCCAAGCCGCACGACACCCUGGACCUUUGUGUCCUCUUGAAUGACAAUUUGGCCCAAACGGUGCGCAGCCACCCCAAAAGGUUUGUGGGCUUGGCAACGCUGCCCAUGCAAGCGCCCGACCUGGCCGUGCUGGAGAUGCGGCGCUGCGUCAGGGAACUGGGUUUCCCCGGCGUGCAGAUCGGCUCACAUAUCAACCACUGGAACCUCGACGCGGCUGACUUGGAUCCCUUCUAUGCUGAAGCCGAAGAGCUGAAUUGCUCCAUUUUUGUGCACCCGUGGGACAUGCAGACGGAUGGGAGGAUGGCUAAGUAUUGGCUGCCCUGGCUGGUGGGCAUGCCGACAGAGACAACGAUGGCUAUUUGCUCAAUGAUUUUUGGAGGCGUCUUUGAGAGAUUUCCGAAACUGAAAGUCUGCUUCGCUCACGGAGGAGGCUCCUUCCCUUUCUCGAUUGGUAGAAUUGAACACGGCCAUAAAGUUCGGCCUGACUUGUGCGCUGUGGACAACAAGUGCAAUCCCCGGAAAUACCUGGGAUCUUUUUACACCGACUCCCUGGUUCACGACCCCGUCUCCCUCAAGUUGCUGACUGACGUCAUCGGAAAAGAUAAAGUCAUGCUUGGAACGGAUUACCCAUUCCCACUGGGCGAGCUCCAACCUGGAUCUCUGAUUGAGUCGAUGACAGAAUUUGAUGAGACACUGAAGGACAAGUUACUAGCUGGGAAUGCCCUGGAGUUUCUGGGCCUCAAAAAAGAAACAUUUGAGUCACAAGGAGAGUGACUCCAAGCUUUGACGGAGUUCAAAUCUCGUGGUCAUAGUUGAUUCAGACUCUGUUGUUGUUGAUGGUUGCUUUUUUAGCAGUGAUUUUAAUUAUUCCAUUUCAGAAAUUUGAAAUUCAAUAAGUGAGAAAAGAAACAACUAGACAAGAAUAUGUUUGGGCGAAAUGGAAUACGUUACAGUUUCUUAAGCAGACUUUGUAAUGCAGCCAACACAAUCAAAACGUAUGAUGUGCUGGGUUGUUUUAUUGCAAAAAUUCCAACAUUAAUCAUACCAAUUUUUGUGAACUGUGCAUGAGCUACAAAAAUUUCAAUGAUCAAUAAAACACUUA